AUGAAAGCAAAGUGUCUAAAGCCCCACGCAGUUCUGCCGGAAGCUGAUGGACAUCUCGGCUUUCUGGACCGCAGCAGCAAGCUCACCAGGGAGGUAGCAGAGCCUGCUCCACCGACUCCAGAUUCAGGGCCGCAGGCUUUACCGCCGAAGCCGUGGUUUGGUGCACAGGAAUACGUGCUCUUCGUCAUCGCACCCGGCUCUGCUUUUGUGGCGCUGGCCUUCGUCGUCUUCCUGCGUCACUUCGAGGCGAGGCAGGCACGAAGUGGCGAGGACGGAGGA